AUGAGUUGCUUUCAUACGAAUGGGCAUCGAAUUGCCUCGGGAACUCUUUUGUGCGCCCAAGCUAUUUUUUACUACCGGAACUCUGUUACCCAUGUCAGUAUGACUCUAAUCCUAAUAACUCAGAAACACCCUGAUGCCACGGCAGCCGAGAGUACCGAUUUGGCUUCUCCGGUCAAGGUUACCAGCGAUAACCUUUUCCAGGUACUCUCAGAAGUGCAUCGUCUGCUAGUGCGACGUGACCCGAAGGAGAUCUUUGCAAAUCCAGUCACAGACGAUGUGGCUUUCGGUUAUUCUCAGGUAAUCGCUAACCCAAUGGAUCUGGGCACAAUUUAUACCCGUCUUUGUUCGCGCACCUUUUACCAAUCCGCUACUGAUUACCUGGCAGAUGUCACGCUAAUGUGUGACAACGCAAUGGUGUACAAUUCACCAGACACCAUUUAUUACCAACGCGCACGGAAG